GGUGUCGCCGCCUUAACUGUGCGCGUUCCAGUUUUAAACACGCGUUCGAAAUUCGAUUUGCAACUGUCGUGUUACAAACUCUAAACGGGAAUAAAAAAUUGUUUUAAAAUAACAAAAUAAAAUUUUUACUUGAAAUUUAUUCCAAAUUUAAACUUAUUAGUGUUUUGUAAAAAUGUCAUUGUGUAAAAAAGUUAUCGUUGUUUUUUAAGUUACCGUGAUUUGAGUCUUUUGGCCGAGUUGACUUUAUAAUGGAAAUGUCUUUGCCUAACGGUGUGGACGUCUCCCAGCUGGUCCAGCAUCCAGUGUUGGCCGCUUUGCCGCCGUUCUUCUUGCGAGCUUCCGAGAGAUAUCAGCGUACGCCGAAGUGCGCGCGCUGUCGAAACCACGGCGUGGUGUCUGCUCUGAAGGGACACAAGCGGUAUUGUCGCUGGCGGGACUGCGUAUGCGCAAAGUGCACGCUCAUCGCUGAACGACAGAGGGUCAUGGCGGCGCAGGUGGCUCUCCGACGGCAGCAAGCUCAAGAGGAGAACGAAGCGCGGGAACUGAACCUGCUAUACGCCGGUCAGACCACCUCCGCGCCGCACCACUAUACUGACAUUCCCGAGGAUUCUCCUG